AUGGAGGCUGUUUUUUGGAUUGUUAAUCUCGUCAUAGAAGAAAGACAAAAAUUAAAAUUAAUGCGGAGAUACUUACGUGAUGUUUCGGAUCCAUUCAGUGUGCCUGAAAGUCAAUUCCUUCAAUUAUAUAGGUUAAGUAAAGAAUGUGCACUAGAUUUAUGCAAUAAUUUACGACCUUAUAUGCCACAAGAACAACGCUCAACUGCAAUACCUCUAGAAUUAAAGGUUUUAGCAACUUUAAAUUUCAUAGCUUCAGGCUCAUAUCAAAGAAGAGUAGGACAGGAUUUCUUGUCAUGUAUGUCUCAAGCGUCUAUGAGCAAGAUAUCAAAGCCGUCAAAAAGCAGUUUUGGGACAACUACCGAUUUCCUGGAGUAA